AUGGAAAUCACACGUUUUCUCAUGGGAAAUGGUCUCUUCUCGUCUCUCUUUCUUCUCUUAACACCCCUUGUCUUCGUCGUCGUCUUCUUCUUCACUAAAAAGUAUUCCAGAUCUGCAAAAAACCUGCCACCAGGGCCACCACCAUGGCCGAUCAUCGGAAACCUACACCAAAUAGGCGAGAGCCCUCAAGUUUCCAUGGCCAUCUUUGCUCAACAACAUGGUCCACUCAUCUCCCUUCACUUAGGCACUCAACUUCUUGUGGUGGCAUCUUCUCCGGAAGCAGCCGCUGGCAUCCUCAAGACUCAAGACCGCUUUCUUUCUUCUCGAGCAAUUCCUAACGCCUAUGAUCAUGCUUACUCUUCCUUCUACUUUAUUUGGUCAACCAACUGUGGUGAACACUGGAAGUCACUAAGAACCCUUUGCCGAAACGAUAUGUUCUCGGUUAAAGCCUUGCAAGCCCAGUCUCGUUUAAGGCAGGAAAAGUUGGAUCAAAUGUUAGGGUUCCUGCGUGGCAAGAAGAACCAAGUUGUCAACAUUGGGGAUGUUGUCUUUACGACAAUGUUCAACACAAUGAGCCAAGUUAUCUUUGCCAAAGAUUUUCUUGGUUAUGGCGAUGAACAUGGAACCGUUGGCGGCUUGAAAUGGAAGCUUUCCACGCUGCUCAAGUACGUAACAAGACCAAAUAUAAGUGAUUUUUACCCCAUUUUUAGAAGAUUUGAUCUUCAAGGAUUGAGGAAGGAGAACUUCAAAAAUACCCAGGAAGUUUAUAGCUUUUGGGAGGGAAUGGUAGAAGAAAGAAGAGCUAAAAUGAAGUCUUCCAAGAUGGUGAUCGAAGAAGAAGAAGAGAAAUUGUUCUUAGAUCGGUUACUUGAAAAUGGAUUCACAAACCAACAGAUCAAUAUAUGUGCUUUGGAUUUAUUCAUAGCAAGUACGGACACUACAUCCUCAACCAUUGAAUGGACCAUGGCCGAGUUGUUGAAAAAUAAAGAAGCGAUGUCCAAAGUACGACAAGAGUUGAAGUACAACACCAACUCCAACAUCACACACGAAUUUGAAUUUUCUAAAUUACCUUAUCUAAAUGCUUGUAUUAAGGAAACACUAAGGUUACAUCCUCCGGCGCCUUUCCUAAUUCCUCGUCGUGCUGUCGAGACUUGUGAGGUUAUGAACUACACGAUCCCUCAAAAUACCCAAAUAUUUAUCAAUGUUUGGGCAAUCGCUCGUGAUCCAAGAGUUUGGGAAGACCCCCUCUCGUAUAAACCUGAAAGGUUUCUGGGCUUGAAUUUGGAUUUCAAAGGCCAGGACUUUGAGUACAUACCAUUUGGUGCAGGGAGGAGGAUGUGUCCCGGUUUACCCUCUGGUAUUAAGAGUGUUCAAUCUAUAUUAGCAUCGUUAAUUCAUGAAUUCGAUUGGGUUCUUCCCAAUGACGAAGAUCCUUCAAAGCUGGACAUGAAGGAAAAAUUUGGGGUGACACUGCAGAAGGAAAAACCUCUUCAACUCAUUUUCAAAGAUUUAAAUUAAUCUUUAUUAUGUAAUUUUUUACCUCGUUGAUUCAAGAAAAUUUUGUUC